AUGGCUGGAGCACUAGUCGAUGCUAUCAUGAAACAUAUAGCAGAAAUUGCCACUGGGGGAGUAGUAAAAGGGUACAGAUGGGUGAAAAUGUUGAGAGGAGUCAAGAAAGAAGUAGAAAGGCUUGAAAGAAAUUUUGAGUCUAUCCAAGACGUGCUUGAAGAUGCAGAGCAGAAACAGACGGUAGAAAAGAAUGUCGAAUGUUGGUUGGACAGGCUGAAAGAAGUGUCUUAUAACAUGGAGGAUGUGUUAGAUGAGGGGAACACUGCACUCAUCAGGUUGCAAAUAAAUGGUGUUGGAAAUGCUCCCCUUUUCAAGAGGAUGGUACGUUCCUUUAUUUCAUACUUUUGUUUUUAUAGUCGAGUUGCUAGGUAUCGUCACCUUGCUGUCACGAUAAAGGAUAUCAACAAAGAGUUAGAUGAGCUUACUAAAGAGAAAGAUAGGUAUCAAUUAAUAAAAAGGGAAGUUAAACAACCUAGACGAGUCGAAAGCACUUCUCUUGUGGAUGUGUCAAAGUUGCAUGGUCGAGAGGAGGUCAAGAAAGACAUAAUGAACAAACUGUUGUGUCGGACUAGUGAAAAGGGAGAGGAUAUCCAAACCAUCUCUGUAACAGGGAUGGGAGGAAUUGGCAAGACAUCUCUUGCUCAACUCAUCUAUAAUGACGAUGAAGUUCGGACACAUUUUCACAAGACAAGUUGGGUCUGUGUCUCCGAUUUUUUUGAUCAUGUUAAAAUUGCGAGAGCAAUUCUUGGAGGCCUUGAUCAAGAUCCAACAGACCUCCACAAUCAAAAUUCAUUAGGAAUCCUUCUAGUUAAAAUUCGUGAGAAGAUCAGAGGAAAAAAGUUCUUUUUCAUUUUAGAUGAUGUGUGGACCGAUCGUGAAGAAGAUUGGGAACCACUAAUAACUACUUUCCGAUCUGGCAUGUUGGGAAGUAGGAUUUUAGUGACUACUCGUAAAGAGUCAGUUGCGACGGUGAUGAAGUCUUCUCACAAGUUUAGUCUAGAAAGAUUGUCUGAUGAUGUUUGCUGGCUUAUACUUAAUCAAAUUACAUUAGAAGGAACGAAGAAUGAAGGGGAUAAAACUUUUCAGGACAUCGGGUGGAAAAUUGUGAAAAAGUGUCAAGGUUUGCCCCUUGCUGCAAAGGCUCUAGGAGGUCUCCUGCGAGAUAAAACUAGAGAAGAGUGGGAAAAUGUCAUGAAUAGUGAGAUAUGGAAUUUAAAUUUGGCACAUGAAUAUAUCUUCACCACUCUUUUACUGAGUUAUUAUGGAUUACCGUCAGCAAUUAGACGAUGUCUGUUGCACUGUGUAAUCUUUCCUAAAAAUUAUGAAAUGUGGAUAGAUAUCGAUUUAAUUCCACAUUGGAUGGCACUAGGCUAUUUAAACUCUGGUGAGAAUUCGGAGAAGGAACUAAAAGGAGAUGAAUACUUUAAAUGCUUAGCAGCUCAUUCCUUUUUCCAGGAUUUUCAAAAAGAUGAACAUGGUACUAUUUAUUAG